UCGUCGGCUGUGCUGAGAUCAUCAUGGUGGCGUCUUCGCCGUUCAAAUAGGAUCUCUUUUCGAUUUAAUAUCAUUUAGUCGCAAAAUCUUGCACAUUCAUUAGUAUAUACUAGUGGCCGAUAACAUAGAUCCAGAUUUUGUAAUAUUGUGAUCAUGCCCCUUUUGGGUGAAUGUUUAUGAAUCUGUAGGUUUCUCAAGAUUUCGCAUCUAAAAAUGGAAAUAGUAUGUUGCGCUUUUAUAUUAUUUUCGAUAUUAUCAAAUUCUGUGAUUGCCGACCAUUCCGAUACCGCAGACGACGAUGACCGGCCGUAUGACCUUCCGGUACGCACCCCGAAGCCAUCGUCGGUCUCCCAGCGCACUAGAAAUAUGUUCAACACGUUGGGCAAUAUGCUUGUUGGCAACAAAAAGAGCUCGUCUGCUCCCGCUCCCCCUCUGAAUUUCAGUGAGAAGCUGGAUGACUAUCCUCCUUAUCCAGGUGAUAAUACGGACAGCACCUAUUCCGGUGGCAACGGUGCAUAUUCCAACAGCUACCGACAGUCAUUCCAGAAAGUGAUAUAUAUUGCUGUACCACUGAAUGCUCUAACGGCACUGUUGUCCACUGGUCAGCUAAGCAGUGUAGGAUUCGGCAGUAUCUUCCCGGCGCUUCCAUCGUUCGGUUCCAGAGGUUUCGGGGGAUCAUCGGCAUACGGUAGUGGCAAUAGUUUUAGUGGCAGCACGGACUACGGUGGCGGUGUGGGAGUCAUUGGGACGGUGGGCGGUAGCAGUGGUUACAACGGUAACGGCGCGGCUGUGAUAUCUGUGCCGGCAGCCGUACCACCGCCACCUCCACUGGUUGCACCGGUGGGAGGCCUUGGUGGGGGUAACACGUAUGCGGGAGGAGGGGGAACUUAUGGUGGAGGCGGUGGAUACAAUGGUAACGGACUUUCAGUUGGACCGGUGCUGACGUUCGGAGGGAAUAUAGCCGGGCCAGGGACGUACGGUGGUGGAGGCGAUUACAACCGGGUAGUUGAUUUCGACACCGGCAGUUAUGGUGCCGGAGCAGGGGGUUACAUUGGAACGACAGGUGGCAGUUACGGUGCUGGUGGAAAUUCGUUUGCCACGGGCGGAGGCGCAGGAAACUAUGGUGGUGGUGGAUUGGCGGUUGUCACGUCGGCAGUGGCACCGCCACCACCCACAUUGGUCGCUCCGCCGCCCGUUAUUGCCGGUUCACUUCCUUGUCCUCGCGGUGCUGGCUAUUACCGCCAUCCAGUAGACUGUAAUCGAUUCUAUCGAUGCGUGGACGUGUCGCAGACAUUAACCGGAACUGCCUUCAAAGUGUAUGAAUUUAACUGUCCCGCAGGUACCGUAUAUUCCAUUAUGGUAUGGGUUUGCGUAUGGCCGUAUCAACGAGAAGCCGGCACAUGCUACGUCGCAGCACCUCUUCCACUUCCGGUGCCGGCGGUGCCCGUUGCAAUCCCCGGUCCAGUGGGCAUUGGUCACGGAGCGGGAUAUAACGGUGCCAGUUAUUCCGGUGGCGCUUAUGGUGGCGGUGGUGGUAGUUACGGAGGUGGUGGUGGUAACUACGGUGGGGGUGGUGGGAAUUACGGCGGCACCGGUGGUGGCUACAAUGGGGGUGGUGGUGGGAGCUAUGGUGGCAGUAGUAGCGGGUACAGUGUGGGCGCGGUCCUUGGGAGCGGAACUUAUGCGUCAUCCGCCGGUUCAUACGGCUCGUCAUACAACGACGACGAUCGCAAUAAGAAUUUGGAUAUCGAUUUCAACGGAGAUGAGUUUACCACCAGAAAGCCAAGGAAAAAAGUUUUGGCUAUCACAGGAGGGGAAGAUACAGCCACCUUUAGACCCCGCUGCUUGGGUGUGGGCUUUUUUGCGCACCCUUUUGACUGCACUCAGUUUGCUCAGUGCUGGAAAUCGACCAGCGGGGAUAUCACUGGUUACUAUUUUAAAUGUCCACCAAAAACAGUUUUUAAUCCGCGAGUACCGGUUUGCGAUGAUGCAACCAAUAUGCCGGAUUUGACCACCAGCUGUCUGCAGAAGCUUUUAAAAAGCCAAUGA